AUGACCAAGGCUCGAAAAGGUGCUCGACCGAAAGUCAAUAUCUCCAAAGUCAAUAAGUCUUCAUCGGGUGGCUCGUCGACAGAGAUUAGUCCAGUCUCUGCAGGUCCCAAGACCCCUGCAGACGAGGGCAUCGAUUUCUUCCAGUCUGCCUUGACUCCAGGAGAAGCUCCUCUUCGUGUUUAUGAGCUGCGCCUUGAUGUUGAUGGUGCCCCACACAAAGAUCGCUCAUACAUCCGUCUUCCUCCUGCCCAUGUUCCUUACAUUUUACGUGUUUCUAUCGAUGCUGGUACACCUGCAUCAAGAAAUGGAAUCUUUAAGACCAACUUCCCUCUUGACGGUGGUAAAUUUAAACGUGAUCGGUUCACAACGCGCGAGCUUCCUACCGAUUUUUCUAAACCUAUUCAGAUAAAUUUGCCCAUCUCUCACGCUGGAGCUUUUGUUUUUUGGGUCGAACACGAUGGUGAGAUGCCAGGCUCACGCGUUAAGGGUCGCGAAGGUUACUUCAACGUCGACCCUGUUCUUCGUACCAAAGCGCGCACUCUCAUAUUAUCUAAUGACCUCGUUCCUCUCCCUCCCGCCAUUGGAGGGGUCCUCAAAAAAGACUUGGUCAAUCUCCCCCUCGAUGGUCUAUCGGUCCUUACUGUGGUGUCCAAGUGGAUGGGCCCCUUGUCUCAGUGGAAGAAUCAUUUUUCUGAAGCGAAGGACAGAGGCUACACUAUGUUACAUUACACUCCUCUUCAGGAGCGCGGCGAAAGUGAUAGUCCUUACUCGAUCCGCGAUCAGUUCAAGUACGAUCCUGCCUUGUUUGAGGGGGGAAGAAGACCCAGCGAUGGGGGUAAAGCAGAGAUAGAUGCUGUUCUCAAGGUGGCUAGGGACGACUAUGGCCUCCUAAGUCUGACCGACGUUGUUCUUAACCACACAGCCAAUGACAGUCCCUGGCUUGUUGAGCACCCUGAAGCAGGCUAUAGCCCUCAUAAUUCUCCUCAUCUCACCCCAGCCCUGGAGCUCGACACAGCCAUGAUUAGUUUCUCAAAGUCUUUAUCGUCAAAGGAGCUGCCUAUUCUUGUCAAAUCAGAGGAGGACAUCAACGUUCUAAUCGCUGCCUUCCGGGAUGUCGUCAAAGGCCUUGACCUCUGGCAGUACUAUGUACUCGACACUGCUCGGGAGAAGGAUUCCGUCAAGGCAGCGCUCUCGUCCCACCGAGUAAGUGCAUGGAAGGGUACCGACAUCGCUGGAAAAGCCGUGGGGGAGCUUGCUGAACUUGCGAAGACAAAUGGGUUGAUUGUUGGUUUGGGCAAACUAGCUUCACGAUAUGGCGUACAUUCCGACGCAAGCGCCGCAGCAGGACUCGUCAAGGCCGCUUUUGCCGGCAUCGACGAUCCCAAUGCUCUUGCAGAUGCAUGGGCCAGAGUCAUCGAUGUUAUCAACUUAUCCCUGUACCAGGAAUGGGAGGAGGAUACACGUGUCGCCGUGGAUAACAUCAGGGAAAGGCUCAAGUAUACUCGCCUCGACGAAAAUGGACCUAAACUGGGAGAAAUAUCAAAAAGUUCUCCCCUUGUCGAGACGUACUUCACCCGCCUUGGGCCCAAUCCCGAUUCCGAUCCUCUGAUUUAUUCACUUGCAAACAACGGCUGGAUAUGGGCAGCAGACCCUCUACAGAAUUUUGCGCUACUACCAUCGAAAGCCUACCUGAGGCGUGAGGUCAUUGUAUGGGGUGACUGCGUCAAGUUGAGGUAUGGUUCUGGUCCUGAUGAUUGUCCCUGGCUUUGGCAACAUAUGACCUCGUAUGUGACAACCCUCGCUGCGAGUUUCGACGGUUUCCGCAUCGAUAACUGCCAUUCGACUCCCCUCGAAGUUGGUGUAUGGAUGUUAGAUGCAGCUCGUGUGGUAAAUCCCAACCUUUAUGUUUGCGCCGAACUAUUCACUGGCAACGAAGAAAUGGACCUUUUAUUCGUAAAACGUCUUGGUAUUAACAGCUUAAUUCGAGAAAGCUAUAACGGGUGGGACCCCAAAGAGUACUCGAGGCUUUUAUACAGGCACGGUGUUGGAAAACCCAUCGGUUCGAUGGAUGGUGCAUGUAUGACUAGCAUAGAGGAAAUUCCAUCCCCAACUGGUAAAGGACCAGUUCGAAAGGCCAUCGUCACUUCAUUAAAUGGGGACCUGCCUCACGCUCUGCUUUAUGAUCUGACUCAUGACAACGAGUCACCUCUGCACAAACGCUCAGCGGAAGAUGCCCUGUCAACUGGCGCCCUCGUCACCUUCAGCUACUCGGCCAUAGGCUCGGUGAAGGGAUUCGAUGACCUUUAUCCUAAAAUUCUCAACUUGGUUGGGGAAAAGCGGAAAUAUGAGCUCAGCGGCUUGGAGGAAGGAAGUGGUAUUGCGCCUAUCAAGAGGGUCUUGAACGAACUCCAUCUUGAGAUGGUGCUCAAUGGUUAUCUGGAAGGCCACGUUCACCAGGAAGGAGAGUAUAUCGUGCUUUCUCGCGUUCAACCCUCAACCCAAAAAGGUUACCUCCUUGUCGCACAUACUGCGUUCAAUAAGGGAGUGAAGGACCGUGGUUUUAUCUCACCUAUCAAACUUCGACGAACUAGAGCGAGAUUCAUCCUUGGCGCUUCGCUUGACAUCAGUUCUUACGAGGAUCAGUGUGACGAGAAAACCAUCAGGGGACUUCGAGCUCGUCUAGUGAAUAUGCUGCCGGUUGUGGUGCCUCAGCAUUUGGAUGACGAAGGGCCUUACUCCGAAAUUAUCGUUCCCGAUGAGUUCCCUCCUGGGAGUAUCAUGUUGUUUGAGACAACACUGCAGGAACUUGAUGCCGACCUUGACAUAUUCUGUGCAUCUGGAACAGAAAGGGCCUUUGGUGACCUCGGUUUAGUGGAGCUCAAUGUCGUCCUACACCGGGCUGACGGGGAGGAACGUGAUGCGACUGAUGGUCUCUUUGGGGUGUACGAUGUUCCGGGACUCGGCAAGAUGGUUUACUGUGGAUUGGAGGGUUGGAUGUACCCAUUACGCCAUAUUAUGCGGUACAAUGACCUAGGACAUCCCCUUUGCGAGCAUUUACGACACGGAACAUGGGCUUUAGAUUACGUCCACCAAAGAUUGUCAAGCCAAAUUUCCACUCUGCCAGCAUUAGAGAAACCAGCAACAUGGUUCAAAGCAAGAUUUGACAGGGUAAAAGACACUGUGCCCCCGUUCCUGCGCCCUAAAUAUUUUGCUUUGGUGAUUUCGGAGGCGUAUAAGGCCUCUCGACGGUCUGUUAUGGAACAAUCCUCCGAGUUCGUUCUCACUGGACAUGAUUUCACCCAAGACCUCGCGUUGUCUUCAAUCCAAAUGCAUGGCAUGGUCAAAUCGGCCUCUCUAGACCCUGGUACCAUGACCCCCUCACUUGCAGCUGGCCUUCCUCAUUUCGCCGCGGGAUGGGCAAGGUGCUGGGGCCGUGACGUGUUUAUCUCUCUUCGCGGGUUAUUCCUCACAACAGGUAAUUUCGAAGGCGCCAAGAAACACAUAUUGACCUUUGCUUCAACACUGAAGCAUGGUCUGAUCCCUAACCUGCUGGAUUCUGUCCGUACACCAAGGUACAAUUCUCGAGAUUCUCCCUGGUGGAUGCUCCAAAACAUUCAAGAUUAUACCAAAAUGGCUCCGGAUGGACUAUCAAUACUUUCGGAAACUGUUAAACGCCGAUUCCCUGCAGGUGACAAAUGGGUUGCCUGGAACGACGAAAGAGCCUACUCUUAUUCGAAUACUGUGGCCGAGAUCGUACAAGAGAUUCUACAACGCCACGCAGACGGCAUCCACUUCAGGGAGUACAAUGCGGGACCAAAUCUAGAUACGCAGAUGCGGGACGAAGGUUUCAACAUUGAUAUACAGGUAGACUGGAAGACUGGAUUCAUAUUCGGAGGUAACGAGUUCAAUUGUGGUACCUGGAUGGACAAAAUGGGGGAGUCUGAGAAGGCAGGAACGAAAGGCAAACCCGGCACUCCGCGAGAUGGUGCACCAAUAGAGAUAACUGGAUUGUUGAAGAGCACUUUAUCAUGGCUGGAUAGCUUGGCUUCCAAAGGGAGAUUCCCCUUUAAAGGUGUCAAUGCGAAAAUUGGAAGCGAGCAACGACUCGUGACUUAUGGAGAAUGGGCUAGCCUAAUUCAACAGAGUUUUGAGACGUUUUACUACAUACCUACCAACCCAGCAAAUGACGGAUUGUAUAAAGUCGAUUCGAAAUUGGUAAACCGUCGAGGCAUGUAUAAAGAUGUCUACGGUUCUGGGAAGGGUAGGGAAUGGUCCGAUUACCAACUUAGACCCAACUUCCCGAUUGCAAUGACGGUUGCACCCGAGUUAUUUGACCCACAACACGCUCUCAAGGCAAUUCAACUUGCAGACAAAGUUCUUCGUGGACCACUCGGAAUGAAGACGCUCGAUCCCAUCGAUCUUCAGUACCGGCCGGUUUAUGACAACUCAAACGACUCGACGGAUGCUUCUAUCGCGAAAGGUCUCAAUUAUCACAAUGGUCCAGAAUGGGGUUGGCCUUUGGGCUAUUUCCUCCAGGCAUACCUUUUCUUCGAUACUCAAGUUGGGGAAGGAAAAAAGGACAAAACGAAGACCCUUCAUCGCCUCCAUGAAGCACUUCUCGUCGCUAGGAACCACAUUAAAGAAGACCCUUGGGCUGGAUUGCCGGAAUUGACAAACGCAGACGGAGCAUACUGUGGUGAUUCGUGCAGAACGCAAGCUUGGAGUAAUAGUACGUUGCUCGACUUCCUUGAAAGGGUUCAUAAGGAUUAUACCCAAAUAUAA